ACUUCCUUCCGGAAAAGAGUGAGACGAUAUUGGAGAGUGGACUUGGUGCAGCAGUGGAUGGCAAAGUAAAGUCAGGAUGAUUACAUCCAUUAAUACUCCACCACGACGACUGGUUUCAUUAAUAGUUGGUUGAGCAUUACAUACAUAUUAUUCCGCAUCUUUUGCUGCUUCACUAUUCACCCAACGACCACCGACGCAGAGAGGAAAAUCGAUUCAUGCAAGAUCUGCGUGUGUUUCUGUGCGAUAGUGCAAUCCACAUAAAAAAUGUCAACGAGAAAUUCAUCCAUCCUCACUAUGAGAUCAGAAAUCAACAGCAUCAGUGGUGAACUGGAAUUUCUUAGCGAUUAAUUAUUACUCCCAAUAAGUGCAAAGCAUUUAGAUACGAACAACUUGUGUUGUUAUUGAAGUAUAUAUUGCUACUUGUUACACCCGGUCAAAAGUUUAAAUAUAUUCACAACAAGGCGUUACAUUGUACCAAUAAGUUUAUCCGCAUUUAGUACGAAGAGACUUGAAUUCUACAUGUUUUCAGAAACAUUGGAUAGUGCAAAUAAAUUGCAUUCAUUUACAAAAACUCGCAUUGAAUAUAGUUAUACAUUUGGAGAGCAUGGGGUGAAUCAGAGUCGUCGUAUUCGCAACUUGGCAAAUCUGCACAUAUUCUGUAUACCAAAGGGAAAGACCAAACCAAGACGAAGGUAUUCAUAUCCAUUCCCCAGUGUCGUAUGGCAUUAGCUCAUUCCGACGCCAUUUUGGAAAAGAACUACGACAAUUCACUAGCUCCAAGAAAAUCCUAUACCUUCAAAUUCAUCUCACUGGAUAUUUCACUGUAUUUUCACCUGAAAAUGAUGAAAAUAAGAAAUAAUGGGAAGUGAUGAGGAUUCCGUACGAGAAAAACUACUUCCAAGCAAUAUUUUACAAAUAAAUCAAAGUGAAAGUGAAUCUCAAACACAAAGAGUAAGCAUGAAUUCUGCAAUAAUACAAAACGAGAAGGAAGGUGAUAAUAAUAAAAGUGAGGAUCUGGAAGAAGGAGAUCUGCGACUUCAUGAUUUGGUCUAUGACCCCGAUAACAUUGAGGAAAUUGAGAAUUUGGUGAACGAAGAGCCUAAAUUGGUCUCAGAAAGAGACAAUGAGGGUCGUACACCUUUACACACUUUAACCCUCGCUGGUGACGAGCAAGCUGUCGAAAUUGCAAAAAUUUUGUUGGGCGUGAUUGAGUCGGAAGAAAACUUGUCGCUCAUCAGCAUUGAUCGCCAAGAAGUAUUAAAUCUCCAGGAUGGAGAUUCCUCUAGCGCUUUGCAUUAUGCGGCCCGAGGUCGUCAACCAGAACUUGUCGCGGCCCUUGUACGAUGGGGUGCAAAUGCUGGGCUGAAGGAUGCCAAUGGAAAUUCAGCACUGCAUCUAGUUUCAGAAGGAAACACAGAGAAAGCAGUAGAAGUGGCAAAAAUUCUACUUUCGAAUGAUCCGAAAAGGACACAGAUCAACUCGGUAAAUAACAAUGAGCACACACCCCUUCACAUGGCAAUUGGGAAAAAAGCUCCCAAAAUGGUCGACUUUCUCCUGCAACCAGAAAACAAAGCUGAUCUGACGGUGAAAAAUUCCAUUGGGAGAACCGCACUUCAUUAUGCGUGCUCUGCUACAGGUGAAAGUGAGAGUGCUUGUGACAUUGUGGCAUCUCUUUUGAAGAGAUGCACAAAGGCACAACUUAACCAAGUUGAUUGUCGUGGACGAACCAUUUUACAUUUGGCAGCUCUGAAACGAUUACCGAAAAUUGUGAAGCUUCUCAUGACGGACGAGAGGAUAGACGUUGCGAAGACGGACGAUAAAGGUCGUAGCGCCCUGCACUAUGCAACUGAAGACGGCUGCUACACAAAGGGACACUUGUGUGUCGAAGCUCUGAUUGAUCGAGAGUUUCCAAAGUAUGGAGAUCAAGUUCAGUACCUAUUCAAGACGGAAGAUAACAUCCAAAAGAACACGCCUUUCAUGUAUGCAAGCGUCAACUGUCCUGCUGCAACUAUGCAAAAAUAUGUGGAUUUGUGCCCCAAACCUCAGUACUGGUUGUCGAGUAUCUACAUGACGCUGAUAUACAAGAAUUCACCAUUGGCCUUAAAACCGUUGAUGGACAAGGCCUUUUCCGAGGAUCAAAACGACACCCAGGAAGGAGAGGAUGGAAUCAAUACCGAUUUUGGGUUGAUCACUGGUUACGUUGAUCCAGUGGAGAUUAUGCCUCAGCAAGAGACCAAGUAUUUGAAACAGGCCCAAUGGUGGAGUUAUGAUGCUCAACGCGAAAUUCUCCUACAUCCUCUGGUGCAAUACUUUGUGAUGAAAAAGUGGCAAAAACUUCGGUUGAUCAUUUCCUUCUGGGUAUUGUGGCAGCUAAUUUGGUUGGCAGCAUAUACGACUGUGAGCCUAUCCUUCUACACCCCCAGGGCGGAUGGAAACCACUCGUCCCCUGUUCACCUUGAGGGUGAAAGUCCAAAUUCUGGUGACGAUAAUCGGAGUGGUAGUGGGACUCAAGCCUUGGCACUUUUGGGGUCGGUGGUGAUGUUGGUGUAUUUGGUGGGCUCCGUGGUCAACGAGUGCUUUGAAAUGUUCACGAUCGGAUCUGCGUACAUCCUCAGUCUGACCAAUAUGCUCCAACUCGUGCAAUGUGUCUUGGGCUUCAUUGCAAUCUAUCCAGUUUUCACUGGAUGGGAUGAGCCAGCAACUUGGAUGAAGUACACUACAGCCAUUGGUAUCCUCUUGGCUUAUACGCUGAGCAUGCGAGACAUUGGGAAGCUGCACAGUGAAAUUGGACUCAUUGUCGAAGUUUUGAAACAGGUUCUCAUACAAAUUGUACAAGUUCUGGUGUGCUGCUCGCCUCUAUUGAUCGGAUUUACAAUCGCCUUCAUCAUAAUCUUUGACGAGGAGGAGUCAUUAAACAGCAGCUUCCCUGGCCCUAUUGUGAAAGUUUUGGUGAUGAUGACAGGCGAGUUUGAGUACAACGACACAUUCAAAGAUGACGAUGGGUCGCAAAAGGUUCCAGCCAACGCCUACAUUCGGAUCAUCCGACUCAUCUUCUUUCUUGCGUUCCUCAUAUCCAUCCCAGUGGCAUAUUUCAAUCUCCUCACUGGUUUCGCACUGGACAAAGUCAUGGAACUUCGUGAACGAGCAAAGGUUGCUCGAGUGGCGAAACAAUUGGAGCACAUUUACUUUAUCGAGUCCAUUCUUCUCAGUUUCCGUCCACUCAGAAAAAUAUUCUCACACGCCUCCGUCGUCUCAUUCCUCCGACGGCUCAACGUCACUUCCCAAUGGUUCAACACUGAAACUGGCCCCCAACUCAAGUUCGAAACACUAAUCAAGGAAAGGAUCCGAAAAUCUGAGCGCAACUUUAAGCAUGCGACUGGUUUAAGGCAUAAGUUGUGCCUCCCAUUCCGAUUUUGCCAACCUGGUCUGCCUGAAGAAGUCAUGUCGCAAAUCUACUCCCUUGCUUCACCCCCUCCUUCGUCCUCCUCGUAGGAAAAAUGUGUCAGAUCCUAUGUACUUAUCACCGAAUCUCAUCCUCCAUCCAUCCAUCAACGCAACGCAAUGCAAUCUCUUUCGUACUUACUUUUAUGCCCGUUGUGCAAUUUCAACUUGUUUCUCAACCAUUUUUACUGUUUUAAUCUCAUUUGAACCAUUUGUUGAAUUAACCGUUGACAGUAGUAUUACUGUUUGCAUAAGAAAAUGGAAAUUUGUGUAGGCUAUUUAUUGCAAAAGAAACUAUAUACUAACAAAUACAAUAGCAUGAAAUAUUAAAAGUUGACUUACAUACAUGAAA